AUGGUCAAAAUAUUUGAUACAAAUAAGAUUUCUUCAUGUGAUAAAUCUGUUCCAUAUGAUAAAGACAAACGAACUCAUCCUCGAAGAUGCGUCGCUUUUUCACGAUUCAAACUAUGUUUUUGUCUUUCUUUAAUUUGUUUACUUUUCGUUCUCAUUGGAAUAAUCAUUCUUAUUGCAAUCGUUUUCUCUUCACAUCGAUCACAAAAAGAAACAGAAUCUACGAUUACAAUAACAGUAACAACUUCGGCAAUGACGACGACAACGACAAGUUUUGUAUUGAAAUCGAAUUGGAUAAUAAAUGGCGAUGGAGAAAUAGGUCCAUGUGAAUCAGGAAAUAAUAUAACAAAUCCAACUGGAUGGUUUUCUAAUGGAACAAUAACACAAGUUUAUUACAACAAUACAUUUGCUGAUCAAUAUUUCACAGAUCCAGGACCAGAUGAUCGUGGCCAGUGUUAUUUUUAUGGCCAAAAACCCUUUUCAACAACUUCUAUGUGGCAGUAUGUGAACAUAACAGAUUCAAUUGAUCCAAGUCUAAUCGAUAAUCAAACAAUUUCAUAUAAUUUCUCCGCGUGGAUUGGUGGUUAUGCAAGUCAAGCUGAUUAUGCUCAAGUUUCACUAACAUUUCUCGAUCAAAAUAAUCAAAAGAUUGGCAGUACAAUUAUCCUAGGUCCAGUAUCAAAUGUCCAACGAUCAAAUCUCACUUCAUUACUUUAUCGACAAAUACAUGGAUUAGUUCCAAACGGUUCUCGUUCGUGUCUUGUUUUAGUGACAAUUACUCGUGUUUAUGGACCAACAGCAGAUGGAGAUAUUGACAAUAUUUCUCUCAAUUUUUCUUAA